CAGAGCCGCGCGGGCGCGCGUCGUCCCGCACGUCAGCCUAUCAGCGCGCGCGCAUUUAGAGCAUCUGGAGAGGACGCAGGCAUUUCUUUAAAUGCCCCACGGACGAGAGGGGACUCACGCCGCCCGCGCGCGUCCCUCCGUGCCCGCUCCCCGCUUCGACCCGGUCCCGCACCCGCGCGUCCCCAUGCUUUCGGAGGCGUUUUGAAUUUCCGUGGCAACAUGGAGCUGCCCGAAUUAGAAUUCUCUGCAUGACAGUCCGGGUAAGCAGCAGGAUGGUGUUGGGCGAGGCAGGGGGGCACAGCUACUUGGUGGCAUGCUGGCAGCCCAUCCUGAUCCUCAUGCUUGGCACCGUUCUUUCCGGAUCCACCACUGGCUGCCCCUCCCGCUGCGACUGCAACGGCCAGGAGCGCUCCGUCGUGUGCCACCGACGGCGACUGGCAGCCCUCCCCGAGGGCAUACCCACCGAAACCAGGGUGCUCGACCUGAGCAAGAACCGCCUGAAAACGGUGGGAACCGAGGAGUUCAUCGAUUACCCUCAGCUGGAGGAGCUGCAGCUCAACGAGAACACUAUUUCGUCCAUCGAGCCCGGGGCCUUUGUCAACCUUAUGAACCUUCGGACUCUUGGCUUGCGCAACAACCAGCUCAAGCUCAUUCAGCUGGGGGUGUUCACAGGCCUGACCAACCUCACUCAACUGGAUAUAAGCGAAAACAAAAUUGUCAUCCUCCUUGAUUAUAUGUUCCAGGAGCUGUACAACCUGAGGGCGCUGGAGGUCGGUGACAACGACCUAGUAUUCAUCUCGCCUCGAUCAUUUCACGGCCUAAGCAACCUUGAAAGCCUCAACAUUGAGGGAUGCAAUCUGGCCUCAGUGCCCACUGACGCCCUCAGCCAUCUUCAUAACCUGCUCUCGCUGCGACUACGCUAUCUCAACGUCACCGUCAUAAAGGAUUACUCCUUCAAGAGGCUGUAUCGGCUCAGAGUGCUCGAGAUUUCCCAAAUGCCCGCUCUGGAGACCAUGACCGGAAAAUGCUUGUUUGGGCUCAACCUCACAUCAUUGUCCGUCACUAAUUGCAGUCUUACCGGCAUCCCCUACCAAGCCAUCAGCCACGUCAGAUACCUCCGCUUUUUGAAUCUGUCUUUCAAUCCCAUUCGUACCGUGGAAGGGAACAAACUGUUCAAUCUCCAGAAGCUUCAGGCUUUUCAUUUGGCGGGUGGGCAUUUGGAUGCCAUUGAGCCCUACUCGUUCCGGGGACUCAACCACCUCCGUGUGCUCAACGUAUCCAGCAAUAGCCUGAGCACCCUGGAGGAGUCCGUCUUCCACUCCGUGGGGAACCUGGAGACUCUGGCUUUGUACGAAAACCCGUUGGCCUGCGACUGCCGCUUGCUCUGGGUCUUCCGCCGGCGGUGGAGGCUCAACUUCAACAGACAACAGCCGAUGUGCGCUUCACCAGAGGUUGUUCAAGGAAAAGAGUUCAAGGACUUCCCGGACAUUCUCCCUCCUGACUAUUUCACCUGCCAGAAAUCAAAGAUUAUGGAUUACAAGGUCCAAGAAAGCCAUGUGGAUGACGGAACAACGGUACAUUUCACUUGCCAAGCUGAGGGCGAUCCAGUCCCUGUGAUAAUGUGGCUAUCCCCCAAGAAGGACUACAUCACCACCAAAACUGCGGGGUCAAGACUUUCUGUGUCCAAUGAGGGCACAUUGGAGGUUCGCUACGCCCAGAUCCAAGACAACGGUACCUACUUGUGCAUCGCGAGCAACGCAGCAGGCAACGACACCAAAGCCGCUCACCUUUUUGUGCAUAGCUACUCCCCCAACUGGCCCCACCAGCCAAACAAGACGUUCGCCUUCAUUUCAAACCAGCCCAGCGACGAAGGUGGAAAUGUGACCAGGGCCUCAGUUCCAUUUCCAUUUGAUAUAAAGACCCUCAUUAUCGCAACCACCAUGGGAUUUAUCUCUUUCCUCGGAGUCGUCCUCUUCUGUCUUGUGAUAUUAUUCCUCUGGAGUCGAGGGAAACAAAAUAGAACAACAAGUAUAGAGGUUGAGUACGUGCCGCCUAAAGACGAGCCAGAGGAGCCCAGUCCGACCGAGGCGGCCGUACAAUUCAACAUGAAAAUCAUGUGAACUUUGAAUGGAUGCAAUCUUACAAACUGCGGUUGGGAUGCAUACUAUCUUCGCUUCAAACGUGUACUCAAGUUGACGAGCGAUAGAAAUGGCAGCGCAGCAAAAGCAUCUUGACGAUAUACACUUGACUUUUAACUUGUUUUUUUUACUUGGGGUGUCGAGUCUUUAAAAAUAAAUGUUGAAAUGAAAAUUUCUGUAAAUUUGUAUUGGCAAUACUCAAUCAGUAUGUUAACAUGCACACAACAACCCACUUAUUCCGUUUAACCAAAUUGAGGUGAAGGUUGAAAUAAAGCACAUGGGUCACAGCUGCUGGAUUUACAAAAAUGAACGUGAAAGGCGGGUCGAUGUCUGGAAGGGUGUCAGUGCACAGAUACAAUCUCUCCAUUAGCACCAGUUAAGACAAAUAUCUUGUCGGGAUUUUAAUGUUGUCUCUUGCUUUGAUUGAUGUUCAAAGCACGAUAACCCACGUUCUGUUUUCUUGAAUGAUGUAUAAUGUCGCAACGAGCCACGAUUCAGUCUUAUGACGCGAGUGAUAUUGGGUAAAUUAAAAAAUAUAUGUAAAGAAUAUAGGUAUAUUUUAAGAAAAUAAAGAAGUGUUUGAAAUAAAAAUGUAUACAUAGAACGUUGGGAGAGGAAAAUAACAGUAUUAUAAGUGUUAAGUAACAGUUUGGGGGAACAGUUCUUACUAUUUAGAGAAAGGUGUAAGAUUAUAACAAAAUGUCAUGUUUUUAAAAUAUUUAUGGAUUGUGAUUUUACAUGUUUUUAUAGUUUUCUAUUAACAAUCAUUUGGAGGCCUUGAUGUUUUACAUGGAAGAAAACUCAAAAACUCGUACCUCCGUUACUUAUCACGGAUCAAACACACUGUCCACUGGGCUUCAUCUUAAAGACAUAUCAGUUGCAUCAUUUAUUAACCUGGUAACAGUCCAUUUGAGAAUCUGUGCAUGUUAACACACUGAGUAAAAGAACAAUGAGCCAUUUCUACAGUAUGUGCUCCAUUCUGCCAACAAAGGAGCUGUGUCAUUAAAUGUAUUAACAUGUUCAGCUAUACAUAUUCUUUCUGUAUUUUAUUCGUUCCCUGCACAUUUUGCUAUGGCACAAUAGUGACGCUUUUAAUGGCUGUGAGUUUUGGAAAUAUUACGAUCUAAAGAGCAGAUUCUGCUUGAGUUAGUGUUUUUGAUGUGACUAAACUAAAAAAAGAGACUACUCUAGAAAGUUAUCAGAUUGACAAUUUGUCAUUAAGUGGAAAAAAAAAGGUUGUUUGCCCACUUGGCAGGUCGGCGGGUGCGAGCACUCGGUCCUGAGGUGAUUUUGUCACUGGUUGAUCAGAAAAACGCUGACGUUACUCAUUUUUUGCCUUAAGUAACCCAUUUUCCAGCUUUUAGCUGAGCACUACCCGAUAUUUAUGCAUUAAAUGGAGUUUUGUGCCAUAGGGACUUUAUGUUGUCUAAUUAAUUUCACAGUCAAGGUCUGCUCUGAAGAUAAUAUGUUCAUUAACUCUUUAAAUACUUGUUUAAAUGGGAUGGGCAGAUGGAAAUUCUAUUAAAAUAAAAAACAUUUUAUACUA